GGCCCCGCCUCUCGGGUCUUGAGACUAAUCGGAUUGAGAGCGCGCCGGCCCGGGCCGCGAACUCGCCAAUUGCCGAGGGCGUCGGCCACCGCCCAAUCCGGAGCAGACAGGUGCGAGGUCCGGAAGGCGGAGACCAAUCAGCAGCGAUUGCGGCAUGCUGGGGCCGGUCUCGGCCAAUGAGGAGGCCCGAGUGACACCUCCGUGAGCCAAUCGGGAGUGAGGGAGCGUUCGUGGCCGCCCGCCCUUCCGGCCUGAGCUGUAUUUACCAGGGGCGUGCAGCCGGUUUACCAAUCAGAGUGCGGCUGAGCGGCCAGGCAGCCAACCCCGGAGGAGCGGCCGGCCGGCGUCCGCCGCACCCAGGAGUUGGGGAUGUCCUACAAACCCAUCGCCCCCGCCCCCAGCAGCACCCCCGGCUCCAGCACCCCUGGGCCCGGCACCCCGGUUCCUACAGCUGGGAGUGUCCCAUCGCCGUCGGGCUCGGUGCCGGGAGCCGCUGCCCCUUUCAGACCACUGUUUAACGACUUUGGACCGCCUUCCAUGGGCUAUGUGCAGGCAAUGAAGCCACCUGGCGCCCAGGGCUCCCAGAGCACCUACACAGACCUGCUGUCGGUCAUAGAGGAGAUGGGCAAAGAGAUCCGGCCCACCUAUGCUGGCAGCAAGAGCGCCAUGGAGCGCCUGAAGAGAGGCAUCAUCCAUGCCCGGGCCCUAGUCAGAGAGUGCCUGGCAGAGACAGAGCGGAACGCCCGCACGUAACAGGACGCACCUCCACCUCGGCAUCUGGACCUUUCCCGGCCACUGCAGAGCGCCUCCUUCUCCCUGGCCUUCACCCCGAGAUGCACUUCCCAUCCUGGGCUUCCUGUCCUGUGUCCCUUGGUGGGCGUCCUCCAGGAACCAGGGGGCAGCUCUCACUCCAGUUGGCAGCACUAAGUGGGACCCCCACAAGAGUUAGCAGCGAGGUCACCGUGAGUUUCACCCAUGACCUGCCAACAGUGUUGAUCCCACUGGAGCCUUCUCCCUUCUGGGGCCCCCAUCACUCAGCACUUGCCCAGGACUCCCCACUUCUCCUAGACCCCUUCUCUCCCAGCAGGGCCUCGAAAGGCCUGUCACCUCCCUGCCUUGUCUCCUGGGCCAUAGUGAUUCUUUUCUCAGUGUGUCUUUUGCUAAAUAUCCCCUUUUUGUAUAAAUAAAAGAUAAUUUGGAGUUGU